UUUUGGCUGCGUUUGCGCCAGGUAGCUCCUUCCACUAAUGUGUGCCCAGAGCAAAUUCCAAUUGAUUUGUUUCUAGUCAGCCGCUUGGGGUUCCUAUGGAAACGAGAAUCCACCACUCGCCCUGUAAUGUGCCCUCACUCCCAUUUAAGUCGACUGAAGGUGGUGCCCAAAAGGAAGAUGGCCGGCCUUGGCGUCGCACGUCUUGCGUGUGGUUUGGACGUAUGCGUGCUUGCCCGCGUGAGCUCGCGAGAGCAGGGGUGGCGCUGCUGUUUGUUUUUACUCCGGUUGCGCGCGCGCUCCGGCAGUAAUUGUUUUCAUUUAGGUUUUUGAAAUAUAAUUUAAUGAAAAAAAAUCAUUUUAGUGAUAGAUAUAUAAAAUCUAAAGAAGGAGAUAUCGUAUCUCCUAAGAAAUAAAGCUAUUGGUUGCGCAGGAGAGAGGGGGCGGUUAACGCUGUAUGUGAGAGUACAUUUUACAGAUAAACAUUUGAACCAGGAAUACGGACGUUGAAAUUCGUUUGCACAAACGUUUUUAAAAAUGGGGUAUUUAAAACUGAUAGAGAUCGAAAACUUCAAGUCUUACAAAGGACGCCAGAUCAUCGGGCCCUUCCACAAGUUCACAGCCAUCAUCGGCCCCAAUGGAUCGGGGAAGUCGAACCUGAUGGACGCCAUCAGCUUCGUGCUGGCGGAGAAGACCAGCAACCUGCGCGUGAAGACGCUGAAGGACCUGAUCCACGGGGCGCCCGUGGGCAAGCCGGCUGCCAACCGGGCCUACGUCAGCAUGGUGUACUGCGAGGACAGCGGCGAGGAGAGGAGCUUCACCAGAGUCAUCAUCGGUACGCCCGUGUCUUUAGAGGGAGGCGUCACGCCGCCGCGUCUGAGGGCGCGAGGGGAGAGGAGCUACAGCAGGGUCAUCAUCGGCACGGUGCCCGGUGCUCUGCCUGAGUGCCCGCACUGCCUUAUAGCUUGCGGUCAUGGUGCCUUGAAACUCGGUGCUGUGGCGCACCUGGAUGACCUAAAUGAGCCACACAGCGGAGUGGCCUCUGUGUGUGCACUAGUAGUGUUCACAGGGUUUCACGACGCACUCCUCUGCCGAUGGGCCAAGAUCAAACAGAAGAUCCGGGAGAUUGAGGAGAACCAGAAGCGCAUUGAGAAGCUGGAGGACUACAUCACCACCAGUCGGCAGUCCCUGGAUGAGCAGAAGCGGCUGGAGGAGGAGCUGACGGAGGAGGUGGAGCAGGCCAAGCGCCGCAUCGACGAGAUCAACACCGAGCUGAACCAGGUGAUGGAGCAGCUCGGCGACGCCAGGAUCGACCGGCAGGAGAACAGCCGGCAGCAGCGCAAGGCGGAGAUCAUGGAGAGCAUCAAGAGGCUCUACCCCGGCUCUGUGGAGCAAAUGAAAGCAAAGCGAAAGGAAGCGGAGUUGCGGCAGGUCCAGUCCCAGGCCCACGGGCUGCAGAUGAGACUGAAGUAUUCCCAGAGCGACCUGGAGCAGACCAAGACCCGGCACCUCUCUCUCAACAUGCAGGAGAAGUCGAAGCUGGAGAGCGAGCUGGCGAACUUCGGGCCCCGGAUCAAUGACAUCAAGAGGAUUAUCCAGUCGCGGGAGAGGGAGAUGAAGGAGCUGCGAGACCGCAUGAACCUGGUGGAGGACGAGGUGUUCGUGGAGUUCUGCGAAGAGAUCGGCGUGAGGAACAUCCGCGAGUUCGAGGAGGAGAAGGUCAAGAGGCAGAAUGAGAUCGCCAAGAAGCGGCUGGAGUUUGAGACCCAGAAGACCAGGCUGGGCAUCCAGCUGGACUACGAGCGGAACCAGCUGAAGGAGGACCAGGAGAAGGUGCAGAUACUGAUGUGGAGCAUCACUGUGCUGGUGUGUGGUGCAGUGUUAUAUUUCCAGGCUGUGUGCCUCAGGGAGAUGACCCAGCUGCAGAAGGAGGUGACGGCCAUCGAGACCAAGCUGGAGCAGAAGCGCAGCGACAGACACAACCUGCUGCAGGCUUGCAAGAUGCAAGACAUCAGACUGCCCCUGAAGUCUGGCACCAUGGAGGACAUCAGCCAGGAGGAGGGGGGCUCCCAGGCGGAGGAGUCAGUGAGCAGCAGUCAGAAGACGUCCAGCAGCCUGCUGGCCAAGGAGGCUCUGAUCGAGAUCGACUACAGCGCUCUGGCCGAAGACCUGAAGGACGCCCAGUCGGAGGAUGAGAUCAAGGCAGAGAUGAACAACCUGCAGCAGCGCCUGAACGAGCAGCAGAGCAUCCUGCAGCGCAUCAGCGCCCCCAACAUGAAGGCCAUGGAGAAGCUGGAGAGCGUCCGCGACAAGUUCCAGGAGACCAGCGACGAGUUUGAGGCAGCCCGUAAGCGAGCGAAGAAGGCCAAGCAGGCUUUUGAGCAGAUCAAGAAGGAGCGCUUCGACCGUUUCAACGCCUGCUUCGAGUCCGUGGCCACCAACAUCGACGAGAUCUACAAGGCCCUGUCCAGGAACAGCAGUGCUCAGGCAUUCCUGGGCCCAGAGAACCCAGAGGAGCCUUAUCUGGACGGGAUCAACUAUAACUGUGUCGCUCCGGGGAAGAGGUUUCGGCCCAUGGACAACCUGUCUGGCGGGGAGAAAACUGUAGCUGCCCUAGCACUGUUGUUUGCCAUACACAGCUACAAGCCGGCUCCCUUCUUCGUGCUGGAUGAGAUCGACGCUGCUCUGGACAACACCAACAUCGGGAAGGUGGCAAACUACAUUAAGGACCAAUCGGUGGUGAACUUCCAGGCCAUCGUCAUCUCCCUGAAGGAGGAGUUCUACACCAAGGCCGACUCGCUCAUCGGCGUAUACCCUGAGCAAGGAGACUGCGUCAUCAGCAAAGUGCUCACCUUCGACCUGUCCCAGUACCCCGACGCCAACCCUGCCCCCAACGAGUAAGGCUGCACCAGAGGCAGUGACCCCCGCGGGCACGUUCCUCCAGCUGCGCCUGCUGACCGACCACAGUCCAGUCGGGGGGGGUCGCUCACUUUUUAUUUCAGUUCAGAAAGGUGCGUCUGUUCACGGCAGAGCCCCUCGCUGCAGAGUGUCUCGGAGAGCUGCACCGCGCAGGUUCCUGAACAGACCCCGGCGCAGCAGCGCCGUCUCCUUUCAGAGUUCUGCAUUUUGACUCUUUUUUUCUCGAAUUUAUCCUCUUUUACAUCUUUAGCCUACAGCUGUCACCUAAAAGGGUGUUUUUAAAGUUUUUCGGCUUGCAAGGCUGCCUUUCCUAAUCAUCGGUCCAUGGUUAGGGUGUCUUUAUUUCUGUUUUUCAGUUCCGGUUAAUGAUCGCGAACAGGAUUUAACCGUGUGGUCGGUUUUACCUGUUAAUUCCUGUUUCAUUCAGAAGAGAAUCUUUUAAAAACUUUGCUGGUGAUCUUAGUUUCACACCAGUUUUGGGUCUGUAGUAGAAGUACAGUUUUACAAGAGUUAACAUAAUCAUGUUCAAAUAAGAUGAUGCAGCCAGUGUGAGUUGUAGGCCGUCGCUGUGUCUUGGAGUCACUAUUUUACUGGGUGUUUGUUGCUGGUGGUGCUGGACAUCAGUGGAAAUGGGUGCCGAGUUUUUUAGGAUCUGUUGUCUAGUGUUUGCAGGCAGUUUUGUAGCAUAUUUAAUGCAAUUUAAACAGCAAGCACUAAACAGCAGCAGCCCAGUCCUCUCUGGAUUUGAGAGGGUGUGACGCCAGCAGGCUCCUGUCGAUGGAGGUGUGACGCCAGCAGCCUUGCUCACAGCCAUUACGCUCGUUGUUAACAGAGUGAACACGGUGUAAACCUGCCUGUAGUUCAGUAUCCACAAGCUCAGAUCAUGUUGAGAGCCUGAUGCGCAUCUUUUUUCAUGUUUUUAAUGUUUAACCCAGUGAAUCUCAUGGCAUUUUGUUACAAUUGUGUUAUCCCUCUUGUACUCAAGUAGGAAACUUAGUUUUUCCUCUGGCAGGGACAGACCAUUGUGUCAAAGGAUUAUAAGGAUGUAUGGAAAAAAAAAUCAAUCUCUAUAAAAUUGUUUAAAAAAAAGAAACCUGAAGGUGACCAAACCCUGUAGAUUCAUUCUGCUGUAUCUGGACAGUUUGCAGCACUAGAGGGAGUCUGGCACCUGGAACGUUGUUUAAUGUUUGUAAAAUUAUGAUUAAAAUAAAAUCUUUUUGUAGGGGAGUCUUUGUUGUUCAAGGACUUUUCCGUAUUGUGCAUAAGGUAUCUAUUCCCUCCCCCGAACCUUUGAUACAAGCUCACUCCCUUUUUUUUAAACCCAUGUGUGGUCUGCAUAUUGAAUAAAUAAUGCUCAUAAUGAA